AGCGGCUGCUGCUGAGCUUAAGAGAAUAAAAGACAGACUGUGGGGGGAAAAUAGGCUGCGUGAUUGCCACCAUUGUCACUGUGUCUAGCCAGCUAAUGUUUUCUCACCAUAGCCGUGUUUAGGGCUUGUCUUUCAGGCGGAAUAUUCACAAAGUUUGCUGCACAGCUGCUGACUUUUGGUAGCGGCUAGUUAGCAAAGCCCGGACAGAGGAUCUGAUGUCCAGACGGGACCAGCCCCAGGAGCCGGCACCAGCAGUCACACCCUAAUCCGGAGCCGCACAAUAUGAGAGAAACUCCGUCUGGCAGGAAGCAUGAAGUAGCUAGCCUUGGUGUGUUGUGAGUUAUACGCCUGCCUUUGCCUGAGACCUCUGACUUGCAGCCUCACAGCAGCACUCCGUGUGUGGAUUGAACAUGCCUGACUCAUCGUCAUGCCACAGACAGAGGAGAUAACCCACAGUCUGCCUGCUGCAGUGCCCACCACACAGCCUCGCAACUAGUCAGAAAGCUCCCCACACUCUAAUCCCGUUAGAUUAUUCAUCAUCCACCUCCUCUCUGGUCAGUUUUGUGGCAUUAUGAAUGCGCCGGUGUAUACCUUUGUCACCCGUGACGACAACAGCACUGUCUAUGCAGAAGUUUCCAAAAUCCUCGUCUCAACUGGACAAUGGAAGAGGCUGAAAAGAGACAAUCCGAGAUUCAACUUGAUGCUGGGAGAAAGGAACAGACUGCCCUUUGGACGUCUAGGUCAUGAACCAGGACUGGUGCAACUGGUGAAUUACUACAGAGGAGCAGACAAGCUCUGCAGAAAAGCAUCCUUGGUGAAGCUAAUAAAGACGAGCCCAGAGCUCUCUGACUCCUGUAACUGGUUCCCAGAGUCCUACAUCAUCUACCCCACUAACCUCAACACCCCCGUGGCUCCAGCUAAGAAUGGCAUUAGUCAUCUGAAGAACAAUCCCAAGACCGAUGAGAGGGAAGUUUUCUUAGCCUCAUAUCACUCUAAAAAAGAAAGUGGGGAAGGGACAGUGUGGAUAGCCAAGUCAUCUGCGGGAGCUAAAGGUGCUGGGAUUUUGAUUUCCCAUGAUGCAAAUCAACUGCUGGAGUACAUUGAUAAUCAGGGACAGGUUCACGUUAUUCAGAAGUAUCUGGAGAAGCCUCUGCUUCUGGAGCCUGGCCAUCGCAAGUUUGACAUCAGGAGCUGGGUGCUAGUGGACCAUCAGUACAACAUCUAUUUGUACCGGGAAGGCGUGCUGCGGACUUCCUCCGAGCCCUACAACAGCUCGGACCUGCAGGACAUGACGAGCCACCUGACCAACCACUGCAUCCAGAAGGAGCACUCGCAGAACUACGGCCGAUACGAGGAGGGAAACGAGAUGUUCUUCGACGAGUUCAGGCAGUACCUGCUCAACACCCACAACAUUACCUUGGAGACCACCAUAUUACCUCAGAUCAAACAGAUCAUUAAGAGCUGUCUGUCCUGCAUUGAGCCUGCGAUCAGCACCAAGCACCUGUCCUACCAGAGCUUCCAGCUCUUUGGGUUUGACUUCAUGGUGGACGAGAGCUUCAAAGUGUGGCUGAUUGAGAUCAAUGGAGCUCCAGCCUGUGCACAGAAACUAUACCCGGAGCUAUGCCAGGGUAUAGUGGACGUGGCCAUCUCCAGUGUCUUCACCCUGAACAGCGGCGGCGACUCAUCUGCCUCCUCUUCCCCGUACUCCUCCUCGCCCUCCUUCUCUACAAUCACCACCAAUUCCUGCUCCUCGCCCAAACUGAGGGCGCCGCUUCACGUGGGCCCGUUCACCCGACUGUGAGCGCGUGAAUAUCCCGCUCCUCUUCUCCUCACUAGAAGCUCCUUCCACGCUCUGUCCAUCACUCUUAACCCGUUCCUGAGAGGUAGCACACGCCAGCAAGCCUAGCCUUUACUUGUCCCUCGCCUGCCUCACCCGGAGGGAAUCAGCUGUAUUUAUGGAAAUCGCCGGUCUGAACUAAUGACACAGUACGCUCUCCACAUCCAAGCCCCUCUGCGGAUGAGCUGAUUUGACACAACACGGACGCAGAUUAUGAACGUGAACCUGAAUAUGAAAGGAUAAACAGCAAUCAUCACCAAGCGUGCAGGAGUUUCAGGAUGACGACGACGACGACGACGACACGACGCUCUUCCAUCUCAGCACUGCCACCAUUUCUCCCCAAGCGGACGGAUGAUAGUGGAGGCCUGAAGGAUGCAGGGACGCUCCCACUCUGAGACUGUAGUGCCUUACAUCUCCACCCAUGCUCCCUUAAAAACGACGCAAACUGUCGAUUUAGCUUGCUCUGCUUCCAUGAGUUGUACGUGUUGUAUAAGCCUUUGCACUGAUGAUGGGGAAAGUCUGUAUGUCUGUGCGGAUGCAGAUGGAUCAGUAAGAGCCCACAAGAGCUAGCAUAAAAAAAGGAUACCUUCUAUGUUUUGGAUUUUAGUUGAGAUUUAGUUAUUUUUCUGACCAGAUUCUUGUUGCACUGGGGGAAAAAGGUCCACUUUUGAUUGUGGUUUGCUCGCGGCUAGCUGUGCCCAAAUGCAAACAGCGGUAAGUGGAAUAUAUAGAAAUAAGAAGAAUUCAUGUUGGCACUUCUCUGCCCAGUGUGACUGAUGACGAAAAAUAACUAUCUAGCAUUCAAAAUGCCAAGGUAUCCCAUGAAGAAAAACAUUCCUCUUACCUUGCAGUGUGACCACUAUAAUGAAUCACAUUUGGGGCAGCAGGGUGGCACAUCGAGUAGGGAGACCGUCCCACCGGGGAACCCCACGUUAAAGCCCCCGUGCCGGCAAGCAUCCGCCCUGCUGAGGUGUCCAAGAUGCUGAUUCUAGCAGCUCUGUAGCUGAGCCUGACCUCUGACCUCCCGGUGGAGGGAGCCAAUAACAAAAAAAUAAAGUAAAAGUCCUUUUUAGAGGAUUUAUAAAAUAUCUCAUUAUCAUAACCAAACGCAGAACAUCGUUGGUGGCUCACACUCAUCGGCUGUUAUCCUACAUUAUUCAGUUUUCAGCCAGUUCUUUAUGAAAUUUCCCGGCUGUAGACACUUUGAGCGUUUUAUUUGCCAUUUGAAGAGAGAGAGCAUGUUAGUGUGAAAGCAUGUUGUAGGAUUCUGUGUUACUGCAUCCUUAUACGAGCCCCCUCCACCCCCACGCACCUUUUGCCCCAAAUACUCAGUUCUUAAUUGAUUUAUUAAGAAAAAAAAAAACAACAAGUUAGAUAGUGACUGUAAAUUGUUCUCGACAAGUGUGUGGAUUAAUUGUUUGUUAUUGAGGAGUAGACUGUACAAAGUGUGUUACUGAUUAUUUAAAGUAUUCAAAGACCCCAUGAAGUGAAAAAGAGACUUCACUAAAGCAAAAUGCUUGUCUGUGAAUUAUAUUUCCUCCACUGGUCCUCUCAAUACAUUCUGUCUAAUUUUAACCAAAGAUAGGCACGCCAAUAGUUUCAGUCAUAAGAUAAAAUUUGUGUAACUUAAAUCACGUCUCGUCACUGCAUAAUGCUUGAUGAACUGAUAAUUAAAACUGUAACCAGCUACUCAUAUUGCUAGGUCACCAAUGGGCCAUGGUUUCCACAUCUGUAAUUUUGUAAAACUGACUGAUUUUUUUUUUUUUUUUUUUUUUUUUUUUUUUGUGGAUUGGCACAUCAUGAACGAGCUCUGAUUUUUUGUUUCAUGGGGUCUUUAAAAUAUUUUGUGGCAGAUUCGUUCUUCAGUUUUCUUUUUACUAAAUCUGUUUAUAAGUAGAAGAGGUCCUUAGAGUUGUACCUGUCCAAUUUGCCGCGUGUCAGAUGAGACUUUAUAUUCUUUUCAGUUCAUUUUAUGUUACCAAAAGUAUUCCUCAGUGUUUGUCAAAUGGAUAUGCAUAGGUUGUCCUUAGACUUGAAACUUCCCAUCCGCUCGAACGUUGUGACAAGUGUACGUUGGGUAGUUGAUUUCCCUCUCCUUGCUUGCUUUUCACUGGAGUUCAACACGGACAGUAUCCUGUUUGUGUUUCCAGGCUUUCAGUGUUAUAGUCGCAAAUUAACCCCUAGAAUAAUUAAGUCAUUAUAAGUCUGUUUCAUUAUCAUUAACCCCUAUGUACGGGUUUUAUUAAGUAUGUCUUGUUUGUUUUUUUUUGUUUGUUUUAAUCCCUGCUUUUGCUUUUAUUUAACCCCAGUUUGAGUGUGCAAGGCUGCGCACCCUGUGUUUUGAGUAAGAGAAAUUAAGGGACACCGUGUAUUUAUGUGUUUAUCAUUGUGUGUUUGUGUUUACAAGAUUACUCUGAGGAAUGAAGGACAAACAGGUGUGACCGUGCUCAAGAGCAGAAAGAUGAAGUGCCAGCCCGGUCUCACGGCAGUUUGUGAGAUAGUCACGAAAAUUAACCUUUUUACAAAUCCUGCAUUUGUUUGGUGUCAGUAAGCAUGACUUUCAAAGUAAUGUAGUACAAUUGAAAGUAUGUUUCCUGCAUGUACCAAUCAACACGACUUGAACUUGACCCGGUGAUCCCGGGUUUGAAUCCGAGGUCCAGUUUCCGGUUUUGGUGCCAAAGCCAAACCUAACCUUCCCCUAACCAUAACCAAGUGGUUUUGUUGCCUAAACUGAACCUUUGCCCACUUUGAUCUACAGGUUGCCAUAUGCGCAAAAAGGCAAAUUCGUGCUAAUCGACCCAAUUUUAAUGUGUGUCCGUAUGCACGAAAAAAUGGACAAUUCAUGCCCAUGGACGUGAAUCUGUUGAUUAAAUUUUCUGACUGUUAUCACAAACUCCCAGGAGACAGGGUUUUGUAAUACUUACAGGGCAAGUCACUCUGACAUAAAUUCAGCCUGGGUGUUUGAAAAGAACUUGAUUGUUAGAAAAUUAGUUGUGACAUUUACGAAGCUCUGUUCCAGCUGAAUUUAUGUUUGAAAGUAUGGCAUGCAUGAUAUUACUGAUAGAAAAUGGGUAUUAGUGUUUUGGAAAUGGCCUAAAAGUGUUUGAUUCUGCCUGUCAUUUUGGAAAUUAUCAAAAGGAAACUGUCAGUAUUUUUUAAUUCAAAUUUGUAGGGAAAUUUCUUUCCAUCAAAGGGAAGGGGUGCCUUAGAGGGAAUUGCCUAUUGAUAAAGUUAAAAAGAAGCAAUGGACCUCCUGCAUUUCAAUGCACCUUCAUUUGUUGUUUGAUUGUACUGGAGUGAAUUUGCCUGUCAUUAUCAGACCUCUGUGUCUUUCUGACUGUUUUAGGUUUUAAACCACGAUGUCAUUUCCUCUUAGUUAGAGUUUCUUUGCACAUCUGACCAUUUCAGUUUGUUUUCCUCUCGAAUGUUUCAUAUUCCUAUUUUGAUACGUCCUGGAUUCCUCAUCUUUACCAAAGAUAAAAGUUCCUGCUGUGUGUUUUUUUUUUUUUCCCUGCCAGAAUUGGUUUGAAUAUUUUAUAACAUUUUUGUAGUUGCUAGUAUCUGACAGAAUCACAAUUGGCCAUCAUCAUCUAAAAGCAAGUAUUGUAUUCAGAGGAAUGUGUGUGCUGUUUCUGUGCGUUGAUGUUUUAUCAAAAAUCUUGCAUGAAAAUUUGACUGUCUUUAUCAGAAACAAUAUAUGUAGAGUAAAAAUAUUACUAUUA